AUGGCCGCCCACCUCACAGAGUCCUUCACCAACCCCCCGGGCUACACCUUCCCCCACCACCGACUCUCCAGAGUCUUGCGCAACCCAAAUAAGACCCCACUAGUCUUGGUCGCGUGUGGAUCGUUCAGCCCAGUCACGUACCUCCAUCUCCGCAUGUUUGAGAUGGCCAAGGACCAUGUCAGGCAAAACACCGACUUCGAGAUCGUUGGUGGUUAUCUCAGCCCUGUGAGCGAUAUGUACAAGAAGCCUGGUUUGCUCAGUGCUCGCCACCGGGUGAAUAUGUGCACGAUGGGCGCCGAGGAUUCCAACACAUGGCUGAUGGUCGACUCAUGGGAAGCAUUCCAAUCAUACCAGCGCACUGCUAUCGUGUUGGAUCACUUUGACUAUGAGAUCAACACGGUGCUGGGCGGUGUGCAUACCGAGGACGGGGAGCAUCGGAAUGUCCGCGUCAUGCUGUUGGCAGGUUCCGAUCUUAUUGGGACCAUGAGUGAGCCCGGCGUGUGGGCAUACUCGGAUCUCGAACAUAUUCUGGGACGAUACGGAUGCUUCAUUGUAGAGCGCGCAGGUACGGCGAUGGAUCAAGCUACUGAUGCCCUGGCGCGUUGGCGGAGCAACAUCCACCUCAUCUCCCAGCUUAUCCAAAACGAUGUAUCGUCUACUAAAGUCCGGCUUUUCUUAAGAAGAGGGCUCUCUGUUCGCUAUUUAUUACCCAACUCGGUUGUGGACUACAUCGAGGAACAUGGCCUUUAUCAAGACGAGGGUGCCAAUACAUCGGCACAUCCCAGUCCAGAUAAGGGGAAAGAAAGGGAAAGGGAGGUCACCGCCAGUGGUUCAAAGAAGGAGGCCGUUUCAUAG